AGUGGUUUUGUCUUUUGCUCCUACAUAGAGAAGAGGAAAAAACAAAUACGCAACUUAGAGGAUUUAUAUCUUUCAAAUUCAUUUCUGGGAAAAUAUAAUAUGUGAAGGCUAAAGCCUAAAGCUGAAGAGAUUGGAAUUGAAUUCUGAACGUUGCACUAUUAGGGAGCCUGGUACUGCUUUUCAUUUUAGUCCUAGAGUGGCUGUAUAGCUUGGGGGCUGAAACAAAAUAAGUAGUAAGAUUCAAGAUUUAGUUUUGUUUUCUUCCAAGCGUUUUUCUCAUCAACCAGAGGGUUGUUGUGAUUUGAUUCAAUGGACCACCUUAUUGAUGACUCAUUGGGCGACAGUUCGGAUUUAGAAGUUGAUGACUUAAGAUGUGACAACAUAGCUGAUAAAGAUGUUAGUGAUGAAGAGAUUGAAGCAGAAGAAUUGGAAAGACGAAUGUGGAAGGAUCGUAUCAAACUCAAGAGGCUUAAGGAAAGACAGAAGAUUGCAGCCCAACAAGCUGCAGAGAAGCAGAAGCCCAAGCAGACCACCGAUCAGGCUCGGAGGAAGAAAAUGUCUAGAGCACAGGAUGGGAUUCUCAAGUAUAUGCUGAAGCUGAUGGAAGUUUGCAAAGCUCGCGGAUUUGUCUAUGGUAUCAUUCCUGAGAAGGGUAAGCCAGUGAGUGGUGCUUCUGACAACAUUAGAGCUUGGUGGAAAGAAAAGGUGAAGUUCGAUAAGAAUGGGCCAGCAGCCAUAGCCAAGUAUGAAGCGGACUGCCUUGCCAUGACUGAGGCAGAAAAUAAUCGGAAUGGGAACUCUCAAAGCAUUCUACAAGACUUGCAAGAUGCUACUCUUGGGUCACUUUUGUCUUCUUUAAUGCAACACUGUGACCCCCCUCAAAGAAAGUACCCGCUAGAAAAGGGAGUUCCGCCACCGUGGUGGCCAACUGGAAAUGAAGAUUGGUGGGUAAAAUUAGGGCUUCCCCAUGGUCAAAGACCUCCUUAUAAGAAGCCGCAUGAUUUGAAGAAGAUGUGGAAAGUUGGAGUAUUAACAGCUGUUAUAAAGCACAUGUCACCUGAUAUUGCUAAGAUAAGGAGGCAUGUCCGCCAGUCAAAGUGCUUACAGGAUAAGAUGACAGCAAAGGAAAGUGCAAUCUGGUUGGGGGUUUUAAGCAGGGAGGAAGCCCUAAUUCGGCAGCCUAGUAGUGAUAAUGGGACAUCUGGUGUAACUGAUAUGCCACGAGGUGGCCGUGGCGGAAAUAAGCAAGCUACUGUUAGUAGUGACAGUGACUACGAUGUAGAUGGUGUUGAUGAUGGUGCAGGUUCUGUAUCAUCUAGAGAUGAUAGGAGACAUCAACCAGUGGAUGUAGAACCUUCAGACAAUCUACAGGAUAACACUCCUGUCCAGGAUAAAGAUCCAGAGGAAAAGCAACCUAGAAGAAAAAGAUCCCGUGUCAGAUCAAACCGUGCUGAUCAAAUGCCUGAACCAUCUCAUGAUGAGCCUCUCAAUGUUGAACCGAUAGUGACUUUGCCUAAUGUAAACCACACAGAUAUGCAAGUUGGAUUUCAGACCCAUGGAGAUCAACAGGAAACUGAUACAGUUGCAGCAUUGAGGCCGCUGGAGAAAGAUUUUGAUGUCCAACCCCAGAUUCCUGCAAUUGAAUUUAAUUAUUUUGCUACUAUACCUGCUGACAAUCUAAGUUCCACACAGAGCAUGUAUGUGGAUGGAAGGCCUUUGCUUUAUCCUGUGAUGCAAAAUACUGAGAUGCAUCAUGGAGAUAACCGCAACUUUUAUAAUCCGUCUGUAGAAUAUGGGCAAACACAUGAUAGGCAGCAGUCUCAGAUUGUAAUGAAUGAACCUCAAAUUAGACCAGAGGAAGUUGGAGUCCAUGUACCAGCCCUGCAUGGAAGUGCAACUGAUAUUCCUAGAGGAGACUUACACUAUUAUGUGAAAGACGCAUUUAACAAUGAGCAACAUCUGCCUGUUGAUUCUCAGUUUGGGUCUGCAAUUGAUAGCCUGUCGUUAGAUUGCGGAGGAUUGGGCAGCCCCUUAAAUCUUGAUAUUGAGGGCUUAAGUUCAUUUGAAGACAUGAUGUAUGAUGAUAACUUGAUCGAGUAUUUUGGUGCAUAAAAAUUCUUAGAUUUGGUACUUCAGAGCUUAGAUUGGGCUGCAAAAUUGCAGUAUCCAUUGCUGACCCUAGCUUGUGGUCUUUCACCUGACUUGCAUGUUUCCAGUUUUGGGGUUAUCAUUUGUGGAUUAGAUGAGGGUAAGUUUGCUCAUCAUUUGAAAACAAAAUGAACAGAAGCAUGUCGUAUUGUGUUAAUAGUUUGCAUGGCUUUCUAUCAUAGGAAUGACAGUCAUGGGGCUCAUGUAAAUAAUUCAAUUUAUUUAGACUGGCCAGAUGAAAAAAGUUACAUUAUUUUGCGUAUUUUAUGAUUUUAAAUAGAUAUGCCAUUGUGUUCUUCGUUCUU